AACCCUCAUCACCACGAUCUAUUUCGUUGUAACCUAUAGGGUAGCUUAAAAUACUGUGGCUAUGAACGACCAGGCUGCAUUCUUGACCUCUAUAUUCGGUGACAUGCCGGGGUGGAGCCCGAACAAUGUCGUGGACCCUUCUGGCACAUGUGCAACGACCAAACUUAUGCAGUGCCGGAACUUUGGUGUUUACGAGUGCGAAGUCUCGGCAAAGUUUGAGCGGGGUCCCGAAAAUCUGCAAGAUCUCUCCAAGGACGACUUUCUUGCUCGGAAGAAAGUCGUCGAUGCUGUGGAGAAAUGGAAUGAACAAAGAAACAAGUACGAGACCUACCAUCUUAUUCUUUACGAUUAUGAGAUCGUAAAGGGUUCUACGAAGCGUGUCAGAGACCGAGGUCACCUAAUUUUUAUCGACCUCACUACCUCCCGUUUUCUCCUUGUCAUGUGCUUUGGUGACAGUAGCGAUGCUCACAAGCCGAACGUUUCAUACGAAGAAGAUUACGCGAAACUCACGAAAGCCAACGCGAACCGCUUCAUGUCGUUGGCAAAAUAUGUGUACCACGAUGGAAACAGACCUCAUUUAUACCGUACACGCCACAUACACGACACCCAAACAAGGUCUUCAUCCUGAUUUCCUAGGAACACUCGAACCACCAACAGACUCUAUCAUACCCACCUUUCACGUCACCUCUGACAACUUCUCUCCUUCUUUGCUUCCAGGUGAAGUGGAGAGAAUUGACAACGUGCUUACCGGGUCUCGUAAAAAACUGCCACCUUCAGA